CUCAAGAUGAACAUUUAUAAGAGGAACUCUUCCUAUUCUGGCCCACCUCAGGAUAUAGUUGCUGUCAAGCUAGCAAACCUCAAAAUAGAGAUGGAUAAGAUAAAUAAUCCAUAUGAAGCUCAAAAGCAGCCUUUGAGAGAUAUUCCCUUAUUCUCAGAUAGGUUGCACCGGAACGAGCUCGAUUGGCCUGACUCUUUGUCCUCAGAAGGAAAAUAUUACCAUAAUUCUCAUACUGAAACUGAGAGUUUUGCACACCAAAAUCGCAAACCUCAUCAUAGAUAUUGUGUUAGCUCAGAUGUCUUUGCUGGGAACCCAUCAGGGCCAGGGAAAGAAAAUAUCUACAAUGGCACCUUCAACUUUCACCAAGAAGUAGCAAGCGAUUGAGGUCAAAUCUCUGUUGAAAAGGGUAAGCCCAGCAGGAAGAAUAAGAAGAAACAUAUUUCAACCAAAUAGGGUAAAAACAAGCAGAGGCAAGGUGAAGAUUAAGAGAGUAGAAGUUGAGCAAGAGAAAAUUGUGAAAAUUAAGGUCAAAGAUGCUGAAACUCAGACUGAGAUUAAGCACCAAGAAGUUAUUAAAGUUAAUGGUGAAGGAGAUAACACAGGAGAGCUUACUGAAGUAGUGAGAGUAUUAACGGAAGAAGUUAAGAUGCUUAAAGAGGAGUUGUUAAGAGCUAAAACUAAAUCUAAAAUAUCUCCUGAGAAAUUUUAUAGCAAGGCAUUUAAACCUAAGCACAAAUGAAAGCAUCGUAUAAAAGCUCAUCGAGAAAAGACUCCUUUAAACUCUUCUCAGGGUCACAAGAGAUACUUCUCGAAAACUCCAAAGAACAAGUAUAAGGAAGAAAAAUCUCCAUUAAAUAGAUUCAGGCCAAAAGCUACUUUUUACAAGAUGAGCAAUGAUCCAAGUUCUGAUGCUAUUUCAGUUGAGAUUCCACAAGUUGGGUAUCCUGAGUAUAGACGUUUCAGAUAGUUUAACUUUCUCAUAAUCCUUUUGAAUAAUGUAGGUCCUAACUUCUCAAAAUAAUUUGUGCUUACUAAAAC